GACAAUCUCGGUGUUAAAGAUAAUCCACUCUCUCACUCAAAGGGGGCGAGGAUUAGAACAUUCAAGUCUCCGAAUGUUCAGUGGCCGAAUACGUAUAGCGCGGCAGUACACGACAUAACUAAGGUGUUCGUGAUCCGAACUCGUGUCGGAGGAAGAACAAUUUUCCAGUUGGAAAAUCCACCGGCGGGCUCGGGGCUUAAAUUGUCCGAUGGCUCUUAACCGUGCGGGAGAAUCAAUUAAAUUCUUUCUUUUCCAAAAGCGUAACAGCGCAGCUUACCAGAAAACUGAAUUACGGGCGACGGAGUCAACUGCUCAGUCGUCUCUUCUCUCUCCCUUCCGCAAACUUUCCAUUUUCAGUUCUCCCUUUCAGUCCGCGGUCGCACUCAGAGCAAAGAAACCCACAGAGAUAUGGAUGAUGAGAGAUCAGUAGCGGCUGCGGCGGACGUGCGGUGGUCGGAUCUCCCGCCGGAGCUGUGGGAGAUGAUCGGGAGGCGUCUCGACUCCUACACGGACAUCCUUCGGUUCCGCAGCGUCUGCUCCAGGUGGCGCUCCCUCGUCCCUCGCCUCCCCCGCCUCCACCCUCCUCUCUCCGUACCUUGCCCGGUCCACCACAUGGUCGGCUUCUCGGCCAAGAUUAUCCCCGCCACCAUCUUCCGCCUCGAGCCCUCGAUUGAGACCUCGCCGUCCGACGGGCCGCCCACUUCUCGUCAAGGAUGGCUGAUCAAGGUCUCGGAAUCCAAUCCGGAUUCGGUAGUCAAAUCAAUAUAUAUGGUAGGGGAGUGGGAUCUAGAACCGGAACCGGAACCGGAACAGGAGUCAAAUUCCGGGAAAAUAUGGCUUCUGAGCCCGCCCUCCCACCACCGCAUCCUCCCCGAUCGACGCCCUUUUCCGGAACACCUUGACUUAUUGAAAUUCCGGGCCACUGAACUCUGCAAAGAUUAUAUUCUCUGGGGCGUAGGCGAAGUGGAGAAGGUCCUGAUUUCCCCGACUUCUCCAUGGAGAGACCCAAAAGAUACAGUCGCGAUCGCAAUCACUAAGGACGGCAACCUCUGCUACUGGAAACAAGGGCAGGAGAGUUGGAGUAAUAUCACAGAUGAUCGAGGCGAAGCGUCCCGGUAUGAUGACAUUAUUCUCUACAAGGGGCAGUUCUAUGUGGUCGACAAUUUGGGGACUGUCUCAUGGAUCGAUUCGUCCAUUAGGGUCGUCCAAUUCUCGCCCCCUAUGUGCGGGGGCGGCAAUCGGAAGCAUCUCGUGGAAUCGGGUGGGGACAUUAUCGUGAUCGACCGCUACAACUUGCAGACCACCUACCCAGAUAAUUAUCGAGGUCCCCGCUCCGACGAGGCAGUCAAUUUCAAGGUCUAUAGGCUCGAUCAAAAGUGGGGGAAGUGGGAAGAGGUUCGGAACCUCGGAGACGUGGUUUUCUUCCUAGGGACCAGCUGUUCUUUCUCGGUGUCCGUUCAGGAUAUCGACGGGUGUCCUGGGAACUGUAUUUACUUCGUCGAGGGGGAGAUGAAGGGGGUCUAUCUGUUUAGCUUGGGGAGUUGGAACAUUAGGAGGACGGCUUUUUUGGAUCCUCUCUGCUAAUGGGGAAGAUACUCGAGUUAAUCUAAGUUGGCAGUCACGUGAUUAAUCAUUAGUAGUAUGUAAAACUCCAUGGUUGUGCAUUGUUUCUGAACACGAAGCUCGCUUGAUGAUGUAGAACCUCGGUCUCAUAUGCAGUUCAGUUGCC